GUUCUCUUUCCCCGAGGCUGUCCUGGGGCAGAGGUGACCUUGUGCAUUCUGGGAUCCCCGAGCACCUUUCUGUCAGUGCUGCUGGAGGGUGGGGUCCAGAGCCCGGGAAACAUGCUCCUUUGCCUGUCCCCUGCUUGGCUGAUGAAGGUGCCAGCACCCGGGCAGCCGGGUGAGGCAGCCCUGCUGGUCUCCAAGGCCGUGAGCUUCCAUCCAGGGGGCAUGACAUUCCUGGAUGACUUUGUCCCCCCGCGUCGUGCCACCUACUUUCUGGCAGGCGUGGGGCCGGGGCCUGGCUGGGGCCGGGAGGCAGCAGAGCUUGCCCGCGACCUGACCUGCCCCACAGGAGCUUCGGCCGAGCUGGCCCGGCUGCUGGAGGACCGGCUGCUGACGAGGCGGUUGCUGGCCCAGCAGGGCGGUGUGGCCGUGCCAGCUACCCUGGCUUUCACCUACAAGCCGCCGGGGCUGCUGCGGGGAGGGGAUGCCAGCCCAGGCCUACGGCUGGUGGAGCUGAGUGGCAAAGAGGGCCAGGAAACACUGGUGAAAGAGGAAGUAGGGGCCUUUCUGCACUCCGAGGCCCUGGGUGAUGUCCUGCAGGUGGCUGUGAAGCUCAGUGGCUGGCGUUGGCGGGGGCGGCAGGCACUGCGUCUGCACCAAAGGGCAGAGCUGGGCGCAGUGGUGGACACAGUGCUGGUGCUGCUGGAGAAGCUGGAGGAGGAGGAGAGUGUGCUGGUGGAGGCUGUGUGCCCACCUCCCCAGCUGCCCUCCCCAGGCAGCCCCUCACCUGGCCCCGAGCUGGCUGUGCGUAUCUGUGCUGUGGUGUGUCGGACACAGGGCGACAGGCCCCUGCUAAGCAAGGUCGUGUGCGGCGUGGGCCGCGGGGAUAGGCCUCUGCGGCACCAGAACUCCCUGCCGUGGACGCUGGAGGUGGCGCUGGCCCAGUGCGGCCUGGGCGAGGCGACGCAGGUGGCGGUCGUGCGGCAGCGCAUCAAGGCGGCGGCUGAGGCCGCACUGGCCGCCGUGCUGGCCCUGGAGGCCGGCCUGAGUGCCGAGCAGCGAGGUGGGCGCUGGGCCCACACUGACUUCCUCGGCGUGGACUUCGCGCUGACAGUGGCCGGCCGCGCGCUGACCCCCGUGGCCCUGGAGCUGAACGGCGGCCUGUGCCUGGAGGCGUGCAGCGCGCUCGAGGGGCUGUGGGCCGCGCCGGGGCCGGCGGCCGACGCCGCGGCGGCCGCGCCGCUCGUGGAGACCAUGCUCCGGCGCUCGGCCCGCUGCCUCAUGGAGGGCAAGCAGCUGCUGGUGGUCGGCGCGGGCGGCGUCAGCAAGAAGUUCGUGUGGGAGGCGGCGCGCGACUACGGGCUCAAGCUGCACCUGGUGGAGUCAGACCCCAACCACUUCGCAUCCCAGCUGGUGCAGACCUUCAUCCACUUUGACUUGACGGAGCACCAGAGGGAUGAAGAGAAUGCACGGCUGUUGGCAGAGCUGGUGCGGGCGCGCGGCCUGCAACUGGAUGGCUGUUUCUCCUACUGGGAUGACUGCCUGGUGCUCACAGCCCUGCUCUGCCAGGAGCUGGGUCUGCCCUGCAGCCCCCCGGCCGCCAUGCGCCUGGCCAAGCAGAAGAGCUGCACCCAGCUGCACCUGCUGCACUGCCAUGGCCCACCCUGGCCUGCGCCCUCCCUUCAUGCUGUGCCCUGCUGCCCACUGGAGAGCGAGGCUGAUGUGGCGAGGGCUGUCCACCAGGUUCCCCUGCCAGGCGUCAUGAAGCUGGAGUUCGGGGCAGGUGCAGUGGGAGUGCGGCUGGUGGAGGAUGCGCCGCAGUGCCACGAGCACUUUUCCAGGAUCUCCCGAGACUUGCAGGGUGAGGCCGAUCACCCGGGCAUUGGGCUGGGCUGGGGCAAUGCAAUGCUGCUGAUGGAGUUUGUGGAGGGCACCGAGCACGAUGUGGACCUGGUGUUGUUUGGUGGGCGGCUGCUGGCCGCCUUUGUCUCUGACAACGGCCCCACAAGGCUGCCUGGCUUCACUGAGACGGCCGCCUGCAUGCCCACCGGGCUGGCACCGGAGCAGGAGGCACAGAUGGUGCAGGCAGCCUUCCGCUGUUGCCUGGGCUGCGGGCUGCUUGAUGGGGUCUUCAAUGUGGAGCUCAAGCUGACUGGGGCUGGGCCUCGGCUCAUCGAGAUCAACCCCCGCAUGGGCGGCUUCUAUCUGCGUGACUGGAUCCUGGAGCUCUAUGGCGUGGACCUGCUGCUAGCUGCUGCUAUGGUGGCCUGUGGCCUGCGGCCAGCACUGCCCACCCACCCACGAGCCCGUGGACACCUGGUAGGUGUCAUGUGCCUCGUGUCUCAGCACCUGCAGGCCCUGAGUUCCACUGCCAGCCGCGAGACCCUUCAGGCCCUGCACGACCGGGGCCUGCUGCGCCUCAACCUGCUGGAGGAGGCUCUGGUGCCUGGCGAGUAUGAGGAGCCCUACUGCAGUGUGGCCUGUGCUGGGCCCAGCCCCACUGAGGCCCGCCUCCGCCUGCUGGGCCUCUGCCAGGGCCUGGGCAUCGAUGGGCCCAACUACCCCGUUGCCCACUUCCUGUCUCACUUCAAAUAGCAUUGGGGCCAGGAGGCAGGGGUGAGGCACUGGGGGAGGGCUGUGGUGCCCUCUGCUUCCUGGUGUCCUCCCUGCCUCUCUCCCCAUUGCCCUGUCCUGGCCCCAGUCUGGCCCAUGCCAAUGCCUCAGAUCUGUUCCAGAGUGGCAGGGCCAUUUAGGCACCAAGGCCUCCUGGGCUCAAAGGCCACAGAAGCAAGUAUCUGGGGGCUACUGGGCCCUCUUGCCCUCCCAAAGGUCCCAGUUCAUCCCACAGCUUCCCCAGGACUCUAGCCUUGGAGAAAUGACAGCAGCUGUAUACACACUUUCACCACCACCUCCGCACGUGGAAGUGGGCCCAAACCCAGCCACUCUGCCCCACCCCUCCAGGUCCAUUUCUCUUCCUGCCACCUAGCAGAGGAGAGAACCUGGUUGGGCCCCUGGCCUUGGACAAAUCCCAGGAAAACCUGAGA